AUGUCUAUCCCACGCGUAAACGAGCCUCUGGGGAAACCCUCACCUUACAUCAUCCCCGCCUACGAGGGUGAAUCGAUAACUAUCCCGGGAACACGUUCAUCAAUCCGCAUCCUUGCUUCCCAAGCCGAAACCGAUAACCUGCUCUCCGUUUUCAACAUGGACGGCACGACUGGAGAUCCUGUUGGUUUCCACUAUCACGAUUACGCACACGACGUCUUCAUGUGUACACGCGGGAGCAUGAAGCUCCAGCUCGGAGACAAGUGCAAAAUCCUUCGGGCUGGUGACUUUGGCUACGCGCCACCAAAAGUUGUCCACAGCCCGCAAUUGAUGGACGGCGUGACUGAGACGAUCGGCUGUGUCACACCUGGAGACUGGGUCAAUUUCUUUCGGUUCGUUUGCGAAAAGUAUGACGGUGUCAUUGGAGACGAAUUCGAUAAACGGAAUACGGGUGCGCACUUUGGCUCUAAGAUCAUGGAAAUCAAGGCCAAGUACGAUGUGCAAUUCGUGCGCGACCACGUUGCUGCUGAAGUUUCUGAAUUCGACGCCGAGGACUCAAAGCUACCUGAUAGCCCUGCGGCAUACUUUUUGAAGGCAGAUACCGGGCCGGCGUAUCUGCUUGAGGGCGUACUGGCGAGGCCUUUUAUCACCACAAAACAAACCGCACACCCAACAGGGAACUUCGCCGUUGCGAGUAUCGAAGGGAGCAGCAAGUUGCCAAACAGCAUUUUGAGCAAGCCUUUCACAUUCGAAAAGGUUCAUCAGGCAUUCUAUGUGAUGACUGGCGCCAUUUCGAUAAAAGUUAACGGCGGUGAGGCCAAUCUGGUCCGAGUAGGAGAGACAGCCUUCAUUCCAGCUGGCACCGAGGUCUCGAUUGAGUUUGUGGACAGAUAUAGCCGCUUCUGGUCUUUUUCGAGUGGCGAUGGGUUGGAGACAUUAAUCUCUGAGGCUGGAGGGGCAUAUGAGGGCAAGAUAUUGCCUGAGCAGCAUCAGGUCAGAAAGACCGAUGCCGAUGCGAUUCGCAAGACGGCAGAGAAACUCAACCUCAAGAUAAGCAUAUAA